AAGCAUUUCCACCCUUUCCCAACUCUGGAAGAUCCCCUCUGAUGUAGACUGAGUCACCCACUGCCCACUUAGGCACAAAGCAAAGCGACUCAGACGGGGGAUUAAGCCAAGCUUCAAUUUGUCGGACUCGACCGCACGAGAAGGUCUUGUGUUCAGGAGAUAAACUUGCAUUGAUAUAGCACCCUUCACAACCUCAGGACGCCCAAAAAACGGUGACAAGCUCUGUUCGCUGUUCCUCCCAAACGAGAUGAUGCCAGAGCGUGAUGUGAUGCAAUUUCCUCUCUGCAAACUGUAUUAAAUAAUCGCUGAAAAAGAAUUAUACUUUGGCACUCAGCGGAGCACUCCCAUUUCGACUUGCCCUGGCUUCAGACUUACAGGCUGUGGACAGGGAUGAAGUAAUAUUUGAUUCAUCAGUUAAACUUCACCGUGUUUAGAAUCUAUCCCCGCCACAGGUCUUAUUAUGUAAAAAUUGCAUCAAAGGCAAAAUCGUUCGAACCACAUGGUGCCUGGCGAUUUUCACUGGGGGAACUUGGUGCUAAGCAAAUGUCUAGGAACGCAAACCGGUUGUCAGCCGUUUCCAUAAUGAGCACUUCUGAAUCUACAAAUUCAAAUAAUCUUGAGACAUGCCAGCUGACAAAAGACAAUACCUGGGAAGUCAAAGCUAACAACAGGAGAUACCAUGCUCAAAUCAAGGAACCUUUCUUCCUUUGUCUUAAGAAAAGGAAAUAUGCUGGCAAUGAAAUUAAAACUUCUAAAUACAACAUUAUCACAUUUCUACCUCGCAAUCUGUUUGAACAAUUCCAGCGAAUUGCUAAUUUCUACUACUUGCUUAUUUGUAUUCUCCAGGCUAUCCCUGCUAUUGCUACUUUGCCUUGGUAUACAACGCUGAUUCCACUCACCUUUGUUCUGGGAAUAACAGCAAUUAAGGAUAUCAUUGAUGACGUUGUACGUCACAAGAGUGACAGGGAGAUCAACAACAGACCAUGUGAUGUUCUUUUUGGGAAAAGCUUCAUGAUUGCAAAAUGGAAAGAACUCCAAGUAGGUGAUGUGGUUUGUCUGAAGAAGGAUGACUUUGUUCCGGCUGACCUCUUCUUGCUGUCUAGUUCGGAGCCAAAUAGCCUGUGUUAUGUUGAAACAGCUGAGAUCGAUGGUGAAACCAACCUUAAGUACAGACAAGCACUGAGUGUCACACACAAUGAGGUGAACACCUUGGACCAACUAGCACAGUUUAAUGGUACAGUAAUCUGUGAAAAGCCAAAUUGUGACCUGCACUCAUUUACAGGCACACUAUUUUGGAAAGAACAGGAAUUCUCACUUGACAAUGAGCAAAUAUUACUCCGGGGUUGUAGAAUACGGAAUACGGAGAAGUGCUAUGGAUUGGUUUUAUUUGCAGGGGUGGAUACAAAAAUAAUGAAAAACAGCGGGAGAUAUGUCUUGAAGAAAACCAGAAUCGAGCGCCUCAUGAAUCGUGUGGUGCUUCUAGUCCUCUUGAUUGUUGCUGUUUUAUCAUUCUGCCUUGCUGUUGGAAGUGCUGUCUGGAGUGUGAAAUUUGGAAAUAAAGUUCCGUAUCUCGACAUUUGGUCUGGAAAUUACAGUCCAGGAUAUCAAGGCUUUCUGUCCUUCUGGGGAUAUGUUAUUAUUCUGAACUCGAUAUUGCCGAUGUCACUUUAUAUUACGUUUGAAUUCCUCCAUGUGGCCCAGAGUUUUUUCAUCAACUGGGAUAUAAAAAUGUACUGUACUGCGAGAGACAGCCCGGCCAAAGCAAGAACAACCACCCUGAAUGAGGAGCUCGGUCAAAUAAAGUACAUUUUCUCCGAUAAAACAGGCACUCUGACCCAAAACAUCAUGGCCUUUAAGAAAUGCAGCAUCGCUGGACGGAUCUAUGGCAAUCAAUUUGAUGAUGUCAAUAAAGCAAAGGCAGUUGACUUUCGCUGGAACACAUUCGCUGAUGGAAAGCUGAAGUUUUACGACUGUUUGCUUUUGGAGCUCAUUCGGUCAGGAGAUGACCCUGAAGUCCAUGAAUUCUUUAAGUUACUGGCUGUUUGUCACACGGUAAUGGUGGAGGAGAAAAAUGGUCAGCUUGCAUACCAAGCCGCUUCCCCUGAUGAAGAGGCUCUGGUUACUGCGGCAAGAAAUUUUGGUUACGUGUUUUUGUCACGUACACAGAACACUAUAACCGUUAGUGAGCUGGGAGUGCAGAGAACGUACACAGUGCUGGCGAUACUGGACUUUAACAGCUGCCGAAAGAGGAUGUCCGUUAUCUUGGAAGAUUCAGAAGGGAAGAUUAAGCUGUACUCCAAAGGAGCAGACGCAGUGAUCUAUGAAAGGCUUUGUCCCAACUGUCCUCACAAGGAGAGCACGCAGAUGGCCCUCGAUUAUUUUGCAGCUGAAACACUGCGGACAUUGUGCCUGGCAUACAAAGAAGUGGAUGAAAGCUACUUCAAAGACUGGAACCAAAGGCACCAUAAAGCCAGUGUUGUUCUAGAGGAUCGAGGGAGAUUGCUCGAAUUGCUGUACGAAGAAAUAGAAACAGAUCUGGUGCUUGUUGGAGCCACUGCUAUUGAGGAUAAAUUGCAAGACGGAGUCCCUGAAACCAUUCAGAACUUGAAGGAGGCAGAUAUUAAAAUCUGGGUACUGACUGGAGACAAGAAAGAAACAGCGAUUAAUAUUGGAUAUUCCUGUAAAUUACUCUCAGACCGUAUGGUGCUUUUUGAGGGGCAUGAUAUCAGCAAAGCCCUAGAGAAGUUACAGAAGAGCAACUACACACACAAAGAAAACAACCUUGCAACCAUUUCAGGGGCCAUGAACAGCAGUGAGCAGCCUGACAUGCUGUCGUGCAGUAACAAGGCACUGAUUAUCACAGGAAGCUUCCUGGAUAAAUUCAUUAGAUGCUUGAAUCAAUCAAGAAGGAAGAAACCAUGUUGCUGGAAGUUGAAGACAGCCAUUAAUCCGCAGUCAAGAGAGGACAUUGACUGUGAGGAGGAGGCUCAUGAGAGAGCGUUUGUGGAGCUGGCUUGCCAGUGCAAGGCUGUCAUCUGUUGCCGCGUCACUCCCAAGCAGAAAGCCAUGGUGGUGCAGCUGGUCAAAAAGCACAAAAGUGCCAUCACACUGGCCAUUGGGGAUGGAGCAAAUGAUGUUAACAUGUUGAAAACGGCACAUAUCGGAGUUGGAAUCAGCGGGCAGGAGGGCAUGCAAGCCGUUUUGUCCAGCGAUUACUCACUCGCGCAGUUCCGCUACCUUGAACGGCUGCUUCUGGUUCAUGGACGAUGGUCUUACUUAAGGAUCUGCAAGUUCCUGAGAUAUUUCCUCUACAAGACAUUUGCAUUUUCCUUUGUCCAAAUCUGGUUUUCAUUCUUUAAUGGAUUUUCCGCUAUGUCUGUUUUUGAGAAGUGGUGCAUCACCUUCUACAAGGUGGCGUACAGCUGGCUGCCUGUUCUGUUCUUGGGGGCGCUGGAUCAGGAUGUAAGUGACGAACUGAGCAUCAAGUAUCCGAAACUCUACAGAAUUGGACAGCGGAAUGAACUAUUUAAUUACAGGAUCUUCUUAUUUACUCUUUUUCAUGGCUUUCUAAGUUCAUUAGUUAUAUUUUUUAUACCGUAUGGAGCAUUCUUCGAGAUUGCGGGACGAGAUGGAAUAACAGUCUCGGAUUACCAGUCCUUAGCAACGAUUGUUGGCACUGCUGUGGUGCUGUCUGUUAAUGUGGAGAUUAUGUUGGAGAUUUCAUACUGGACAGUUCCCAAUGUUUUGUCCAUCAUCAUCAGCCUUGGACUAUACUUUUGCAUCACCUUUGUAACCCAAAGUACUUUCUUGACUCAACGGAAACCAGAUAUGUUCCAAUUCCAAGGAGCAGCUUUAAAUACUUUUAGAGAGCCUUAUGCCUGGCUGACUAUCCUACUGACGGUUACUGUAAAUGUUAUCUCUUCCAUUACAACUCGCUUAAUUUGGGGAUUCUUUAGAUCCAAAGGUGCAGGAAGAGCAACUUAUGAAGAUCUAAACAAAAGUCAGCAAAUUUCUAACAGUAAGGCCAACCAUUUCAACAGAGAUUCAACACAACGCCGCUCGGCCUAUGCCUUUUCGCAGGACAAAGGCUAUGCUGACCUCAUUACCUCAGGAGCAAGUAUCCGGAAGAAAAGGCCUGCUUCAGGAACAAAUACAAACAGCAAUGCCUGUAAAAGUACGCCUGAAGGGGAAAACGAUGUGGUGCAGGAAAAAUUCUGAAGUUAUCACACACUUCAGUUCAGGCAUUUACUAAGAUGCUGGAAACGUUUUGACACUGUUUCAUGGACCAUUCUAGUAAAUAUCCAAAAUACCAGGUUUCUGAAGAAUUCUGAUCAACUGAAGACUGUACUCAGCCCACAGUAAGAGUUAGCUUUGUCCCUGCAACUUGAAUAGAUAUAGUGCCAUUCAUCCUGAUUUGUUAGGGCCUGUGCAUAAUACAUUCUGUUAUUUCAGUCUAUUUAAAUCUAGUUAAAGUAUUUUCUUUGCACUCUUGAUUUUUAAAAAGUUUGUUCUGUGGUGCAAUUAUGGGAUCCGUGAUUGGAUUUCUUGUUUUUGGUUUCUGAUAGUCAAAGCCCAUUCAAGUUUCCACAUAAAGAAAGUGAGCUUGUGCCACCAGACCACCAGGAAGAGAGAUGGCCAUCAUAAUAUGCUGUUGCACCAGCAGUGAUCACACGUGUCCACCCACUCUUAUUAAACGCUUGAGGUUGGAUACAUAACCUAAAGUAAACUGUUAGUUUAAUCUGAUCAGCACUUAACCCGCCAAAAAGGACAAUGGCCGGGUCGGGUGGACUGCUUGCUUUUACACCCAACCUAAUAUUGCACUUCACCAGCUUCAAUAAGGAAAAACAUUACGUGGGUGUAAAACCAACAUUGAACCUGAUCUCCAUUGAACAUCCCCACAUCAUGAUGGGCGGGUUAGGUUAAAAUUGCUCCCUAAGUAUUUAACCCUCACUAGAGUUUAACCUUCACUAGAGCAUCAAAACACAUAUAACCUAUUAAAUUCCAGUAAUGCAACAUUCAUAACACUGCUGGACAUAAAAUAUAAGGAACAGGCCUAUUCCUCACUCAGAGUGCUGUCAAGUAGAAAUCACUGACUAACUACACAUCUUGCCAUUGUGACAACAAUUAAGCCACAUGGACUAAUAAGCUCCUUACAUUCAAUACAGGCAUUUCAUAUCUUUACUUAUUCACCAAAGAGCUAUUAUCAUUCUGUGCCGGAUUCUGCCGUCUUCUUCUUUCACCAAGUUUGGAACUCUGACAUGAAUUGACUAGACCCCACACAUCUUAGUACAGCUUCUAGGUUUUCGUCUGGCCACUGAAAAUGGUACUUGGACUUCAUGAGAGAGAUGACUAGAAAUAUUGACUCACACAACGAGAUGUGCUGGACACGUCCCUGCUCUCCAUCCAGAGUGCAAUUGGAUGCUGUUUGCCCUUUGCCAUGGUUUGCCCACUGGAGUCACUGGUUGUUGAUAAGUCUUGCUUUAUUCAGGCCUGGAGCAGUUAUUCCAACUGGUUGAGCUGAUCACAAUGUCAAUCCCCCUCUCCGUUCGGAGUUUCUGGUGUUUCCAUUGCACUACUGUUCAGUGUUUUCAUUUGACUGGCACUCCAUUUUACCAGGUGACCAACAAACAGUAACCAAGGAAAUAAAGCACACACAAUGAUCAGUAAACACUCAUACAUUGUGCUUUCAUAGCUUUUUACCUACAAACAUGCAAAAACGUUCAAGUACACAUGCAUGUGAAUUAACGCGGUUAAUGGUAGUGUCGAUUACUCAUUUUUUAUUUGUUAAUUGAAGAUUCAUUUAGCCCUGUUUGCACCCCACACAUGGCCAGUGGUAAAUGUAUUGGACAGCACUGCACUAAAACACUAAGGCUGGGAUUUUCCAGCCCUGCCAUGGGAGAUGUGGUGGGCCAGCCAGAAGUCCAGUGGCUUUUGGCAGGAAAGGAAGAUCCCAGCAUUGGGCGGGCUCAGAAAAUCCCAGCCUAAAGGUUGAAUACGACACCUACACACUUAGAUGAAUGGUUUCUCCCUAGGCUACCAAAUAUCAGGCACUCAGUUCCUGCUACGUCUCGAGUAUAAUCAGAUAUAAGUGUGCAUUAGACUGGCACAAGUCAGGGAUUCAUUCCUUCCCAAUGUCCCUCCCAUCAUUUGAUUGUUAAUAAUUUAUAUUUUAUUCAGAUUGGCUCUAUCUUUGUCACUGUGGUAUCAGCAAAAAUUGAUGUUCAGCAUGGCUGUUUGCACAUGCAUUGCCUACCUUUAUAUUAGGAGUUUCAGUAACCCAAAUAGGACCAUUUACAGUUACUUUGAGCCUCAAGUUAAUUCAGCACCACUAGUAGACAGCAUGGUAAUUAUUUUGCCAAUUAUUACAUGGUUAAAAUGAUGUGUUUGGAGUUCCAGGAUAUAGCCUUUCCUGAAGGAAUCACAGAUUAAAUGAUGAGUCUAAGUUCGAGUAUAUAGUCUCCGGUGAUUUAUAUCCCUCAAACACUACAUUCGGAAGCUUCAAUGAUGGAUUCACAAUAAUGUUAAAUCCAAAUCAGCUUUUUUAUUAUUAUUGAACCCAAGGUUAACAGAGGAAAACAAAAGCACACAAUACUCUGGAUAGUUUUGUAAUGUUCCCAGGGCUUCAUUGUUCUACAGCCUGCACAAUCCUCAUGUGUUCCAAAGAAAAUCGUAUAGCCUCCAGCAGGCAGUCAGCCUUAAUCAAUGGUUCUACCUCUUAGGUACUAGACAAGGAAAAUGACCUCUCUCUCAUUUGAGUAGAGCAAGUUCAGGAGUUAGGAAGGGACCCACCUUUAAUUUCCAGAACCAAAGUGCCUCUGCAUGAUUCGGUCACCACAGGUCUCAAUCAUUUAACCAACUUAAAUAACCUCCAUCCUCAAAUCCAGAUCAUUACAUGCAUUUCAGAAUUCACAAAAUUCCUAUCUAGUUGCACAUGGAACCUGUCUCUGAAAUCAAAUUGAUUCUGAUCUCUUCUCCCCUCCAUUCGUAACAUGCUCAGAACUAUUUGAACCUGCAAAAUCGACAACUUGCAGACUGGGAGAUGCUUUGUUAUUGACCUUUAUAUGGUGUAUAAGAAAGAACGAUAAUCUGAACACUUCAUGUUAUUUUUUAAAUAAUGCCAUUAGAAUUUGUUACACAGAAGCUAUAUUUGCAUAUAUUGUAUUUUUGAUAUUUUUAUAUUCAAUGUGUUUUGAAAUAAACCAUUCAUAAAUGAUUUUACUGUAAACAUUAAAUAAAUAGUCUUUUGCAAAUGUUAUUAAAUCCAUAUCAGAUGUAGAUUGGAGGAAUGUUCGAAUGAAGUGUGUAUUUUUUCUGGAAGUAGACUAUCACUGUGACAAAACUAUGAGGAAUGUGCAAGAUCCAUGAGUAGAAAUUUUGAACUCUGCUGUUUUUGUACAAACACUGAAUGUAAUUUUACCAAAUUUCUCUGCUGUAUUUUAUCAUGGGUAACAAUCUAUAUGCAAAUAGUGCUUAUUAUAAUUUCAACUCCCUUUUCUCUGUGUAAGAAAAUAAAGUAUAAUUAGAUAUUACACUUUAAAGUUGCAUAUUCCAGUUGAGUACAAGUGUUCUGUUAAAUAAAUUUUCUGCUGCUGCCAA